ACAGCGAUCUCCGUAAUCGAUCAGUCUGAGUAAGUUUGGCAAGAUGACAAGACUGGUGAUCACAUCAGUAUUUAUUUUGACUGCAUUUAUUGCAGUUUACGGAUAUCCAGGUUCAAUACAAUUGAAUCGUCUGGCAAGAUCGCACCCACCGAGUGGAAUUACUGAAAGUGUUGAUGGAAACACCAAUGGAGUAAACAGUUCAUAUGAACAGCAAAAUAAAGAAGGCGGAGCAUUUGGACAACAGAAUGGUCAGCUGAAAGAACAACAAGACGGACAAAAUGGUGGGUAUGGCCAGAAAACUCCCGAAAGCGAUAAUGAUGAACAGGAAGAAUAUCUUGGUCCUCCAUGUUGUAAAAAUACAUUGUUUUAUUGGAACGGUCAUAGUCAACAGAAAAUAGAACCUGGUGAUGGUCAGCAGGAAAAUGAAGCCGCCUUUGAUCAAUCGCAAGGCCAAGUUGAAUUUGGCCAACACUUAGAUCAAGGGGGUUUUAAUAAACAGCAAGGUCAAGGAUCUGAAUUGACCAGCGGUAACGGUCAAUCGUAAACUACAGUCAACUAUUUCCGUUGCAACUGACGGUUAAAGUAUUCGUCUAUUUUUAUUAUAACAUAUUCUUGAUAUAUUUUUACCAAUUUCUUGUAAAUUAAAUAUUAUUAUACCUGUUGA